UUUAUUUAUCUGUUCUGUUCCCCAAAAUCUUUGCUCCGAUUUUGUUGUGAUAUGUUCAGUUUUAUCUUGUAAUGUUCAUCUCCAACUUCAACACCCUCUGAUUCAUUCAUUGGCAUAAUCCAAAAGCUACAAAUUUGAUUGAUGGGGUAUCUCUCCCUCUCUUGCAGAGCUGAAUCAGCCAUCUCAACCUUCAAUUCUUCGUCUCCUUCCAAACCAAGCAAAGAGAAAGAGAAAGAGAAGGAGAAACCCAUCAAGAUCCAAGAGUUUCACUACAGUGACCUUGAAGCUGCCACCAAUGGCUUCUCUGACCGCAAGCUUCUGGGCAAGGGAAGCCAUGGAUAUGUCUACAAAGCGGUGGUUGGUGGACGGCACGUGGCGGUGAAGAGGCCUUCAAGGCCUCACACGCUUCUUCACCGACCCAUCUCAUCUUCUGCACCAGAGAUCACUAACGAGGUUGACAACGAGAUCGAUAUCCUGUCAAAAAUUCAGAGUCCAAGGUUGGUGAAUUUGGUGGGUUUCACGAAUGAUUCAAAAGAUAGGCUUUUGGUGGUGGAGUUCAUGAGCAAUGGUACCCUUUAUGAUGUUCUUCAUUCUUCUCCAAGGCCUCCCAAUUGGGGUAGGAGAAUUCGUUUGGCUUUGCAAACUGCUAAGGCAAUUGAUACCCUUCAUUCUUCAACCCCACCUGUGAUUCACCGCGAUAUCAAAUCUGCUAAUGUUCUCAUUGACCGUAGCUACAAUGCAAGGUUGGGUGAUUUUGGUUUGGCUUUGAGGGGUCAUGUGGAUGACUAUAGACUCAGGUCUACUCCGCCUGCUGGCACUAUGGGUUAUCUUGAUCCUUGUUAUGUCACUCCUGAUAAUUUGAGUACUAAAACUGAUGUUUUUAGCUUUGGGAUUUUGUUGUUGGAGAUUAUAAGUGGAAGGAAGGCUAUUGACAUCACAUAUUCACCACCUUCUAUUGUGGAUUGGGCCAUUCCUCUCAUCAAGAAAGGGAAAUUGUUGGCUGUUUAUGAUCCAAGAAUCGCACCUCCUAAGGAUCCGGUUGUGAGGAAGCAGUUGGCAGUGAUUGCGGCUAAGUGUGUGAGGUCUUGUAGGGAGAGAAGGCCUUCUAUGAAGGAGAUUGUUACUUGGCUUUGUGGGUUGUGUAAGUUGGUGCCGCUUCAUUCAUGGAAUGGUUUUAACAAUCCUUGCAUGAUGGUUGAGACUGUGGGGCGCCCCGUUGAAGCAAGGAAUGGUCAAUUCAGUUCAAGGCUUGAAGGUGUGGAAGAAGGAAAUUUUGAGGCUUUGGAUGCAAGAUUGUCUAAGUCUGCCAUGAGAUAUUCUCGGAGGGUGUAUUCUGAUUUGGGGUUCAGUAGCAACUUGAUGGACCUCAUGGCUACCACUGAGGAGCCAGAAUUUGUAAGAGAUGCUGAUGGUGUGGAACGUAGUUCUAAAUCGGCUGAACAGGUUUCUAGCUCAAGGUUUGGCAGUGGAAGAUAUUUCAACAGAGGUAGAAAUCUAUACAGGCCUUGUGGUAGUGAGAAGGAUGUGUUUGGCUUGAGUGAGGGCCAGAUUGUAGGUGAGACUUCAAAGCAGGGUGGGGUUUCUGGUUCGAAUUUGAACUUGAAUUCUCUGGUUGCUGAGGUUAUCUAAUCUAGUUGAUUGCAGGAACGUUUGAUUGGAGUGAUGUUGCCUAUUUCCUAGGCUUGUAAGCUUUUCUUGCUUGCAAAUUAUACUUGUGUAGAUUUGUUGUUAGUUCAUUAUUUGUGGAUUUCAGAAAUGAUCUCUUCACUUAGUAGUAGGUAUUUGGAUUGAAGGGCACAUUACUGAUGUCCCCUUAACGAUGUUCAAAAAACUUUGCCAAAGGUUUUGUUUGCUCCCUCUCUCUCUGUCUCUUCCCCUCAAACACAAAUGCAAGAGCCAAUGUAUGAUCCGGGAACACAAUGUAAUCUUACAUACAUUAAGCUGUUGCAGAAAAAUUGUAAAAAACUCUACCAUUGCUUGUUAGUUGAAUAACUCGCUUGUAUGUAGCUCAAAUAAUUUUUGAAUACAAGCACUGCUGUGGUCC